ACUGGAACGCCUGAAUCUUGGACAAAUUAUCAUCAAAGACCACAUGCAAAAGCUCAUUUGGGCCCCCAUUGACCUGUCAAAGCCCUCGCUUCGAAUUCUAGACUCCGCUGCAGCAAAUGGAAAAUGGAUCGAAGAUGUACGCAAAUCGCUCUCCGCCGAAGUUCAGGAAACAUCCACUUUCAUUAGUACUGAUGUAACCGACAUCUUCUUCCCUAAACCUGAACCAACUGGAAUUUCCUAUUUUGCCCAAUCGAUGUUGGAAGACUGGCCUGAAUCACUUGUAGGAACCCUAGACCUCGUACACCAACGCCUCGCGCUCCCUGCCGCAAAUAAGGCACAGGUGCAAUCCACAAUCUCCCGUUUCAUUGGGCUACUAAAACCAGGGGGCUAUAUUCAAUUCGUGGAAGCUGAUCACUCAAUCGCCAAAGGACCAGCUAUGACAGAUUUCUUCCGGCUGUUGAGCGAAAUCUUCAAGGUCAUGGAGACUGGAAAUGACUAUGCGCCACAAUUGAAGAGGUGGUUCGAAGAUGCAGGGUUAGAAGACGUACAAGAGAAGGUCUUUGAUAUUCCCAUAGGUGCCGCAAAUGAAAAUGCAGAUAUCGGAAAGAAAGGGGCUCUGAUGUUUUCGUAUGGAGUAAGAGGACUAGUAGACGUGGCAAAAACUUUACCGACAUCCUUCUCCAAGGAAGAGUUGGUAAGUCUCGAAGAUCGAAUGAGGGAGGAGAACUUGACCUCAGGAGGGGUGUGGCGAUUGCACUGUGUUUGGGGGAGAAGGCCCGUUGUUGAAUCAUGAACAGAUGGGCGUUCAAAUAUGAUUGGGUGCUGGUAUCGACAAAAGAUUUCACGUACGGAACAUGUUACCAUGUAUGUUAGAAUCAAUCUCGACAAAGACUCAGGUUUGGCAAAGCAUUAUACUUCAGAUGCAGUACUAUGAUAUGGUCACUGUUUUCGUCGCAUCGCUGUCCAUCCUGCCAAAAUCCUCACGCGUCUGAUUGUCUCCCGCCCUGGAUAGAUAUAUCAUCCUUUUGCGCAUUUACC